AUGCCUCUCUUCCGGCUGAAGACGGUUUUCCCUUUGCUCGCCCUGUUGUCAAUCGGUGUCUUCUUCUGGUGCAUGGAACGCUAUGAUCGGACGGCCUUCCUCCGUUUCAAGCACCUGGACCGCGUGAACCUGGGCACCAACCAGGCUCCGUUAGAUGCAACCGAGAAAUUGGCUACCACAGACACCGCCAGCAACACCUGUGAGGUCGACCCCAAGCUGGCUGCUCCUCUCCCUUUCUCCGAAUGGCUCCCCCGUAAGAACUACACCCGCGCCUAUUUCCGCCCUCGCCUCGUGAGCCCCAAGACCGAGUUCCACACACUCGAGGAGAUUGAGAAGCCCGUUCUCCCACCGAUGGUCGCCAUGGAGCGCGGAAUGGUGGUCUCUCCCGAAAACAGCGAGGAGAAUUUCGUCUGCCCGGAAAUUAUCGAUGUUGAUGUUGCCGCGGACGACGAUGUCGACGAGACCUCGAAACUUUUGUUCGGUUUAGCCACUACGGUCGACCGUCUGGAUCGCUUGCUCCCUUCCCUGCUUUACACCUAUGGUAACACCAAGGCCGGUCUUCUCGUUCUGGUUCCCGAGUCCGACGACGAUCUGGACAAGCAGGAGACCUACUUCCGCAACAGGGGUCUGGAUCUGACUCUCAUCGCUUCCCCGCUCGAUUUCACUGCUCGCUACUUCGGUAUGGUCGACGCCUUCUCGGAGCACAUCCGCAAGCAUCGCCCUCACACCACCUGGGUCGGUUUCAGCGACGAUGAUACCUUCUUCCUGUCUCUUCCUACCGUUGCCGAGGAGCUGAAGCUGUUCGAUGAGAAGAAGAAGCACUAUAUUGGAUCCCUAUCUGAGGCCAGCUGGCAGGUGGACACUUUCGGCCACAUCGCUUUCGGUGGUGCCGGUGUCUUCGUUUCCAAGCCUCUGCUCGAUGUGCUUAUGAAGUACUACGACGAGUGCCAGUCCUGGGGCGAGCAGCCGGGUGACCAGAAGCUCGGCCAGUGUAUCCAGCGAUUCGGCGACACUCCUCUGACUCUCUGGCCCUCGCUCUACCAGAUGGAUAUGACCGAGCCCGUCGACGGUGUCUACGAGUCCGGUCGCAAGAUCGAAUCUAUGCACCACUGGAACAGCUGGUAUUCCAAGGACGUCGUGAAGAUGACUACUGUUUCUGCGGCCGCUGGCCGGAAGUCCGUUCUCCGCCGUUGGGUUUUCGAUCAGGAGGAGACUAUCAACAACGCAACCGGCAAGUCUACCCGCCACUUCUGGGUCUUGACCAACGGUUACUCUAUGGUCAAGUAUACCUACGAUGAGUUCGUUUCGGAUGAUGCCAUCAACUUCGACGCUGUCGAGAAGACCUGGCCCGAGGACCCCCGCGGCUUCGAGGAGCGCUUGGGUCCCCUCCGUCCCGCGGAGGAUGAGGGUGUCACCAAGGAUCGGUGGUUGAUGCACGAUGCGUAUGUGGUGGGUGACAACGUCCACCAGUUCUAUGUGCGCGAGGAAGAUGAGGGACACAGUGUGAUCGAGAUCGUCUGGCUCGGCCCCAAGGGCGGCGGUGGCGGUGGUCUCAGCGAUCACCACAUCACCGGUACCUAUCAGCAAUGA